GAGGGGUGUGCAGUUGCGUAUAUAAAAAGGACAUUGCGACCACAGCAGCGGAAUCACAGACAGAACAGCCCAAGGGGAAAGGCUGUCGUACUCAAAUUUAUUUUAAUAGGCGGUUUUUUGUUGCUAUUGUUUUCUUUUGAUUUUCACGUAUUUUGCUGGCUUACAGUCACCUACAUUUUGUAUGGAAUAUUUUCAUUUUUUUCCAGAACACUGAAGAGUAGAAGAGGCAACAAAUCAAUCUGAAGAUCAAAAUGGAAUUGCGCAUAACUUUCUCAGUGAUAUAUAUCAUAUUUUCUGGGUGUUUACAUACAGUGACCCCGGCACCGAUGAGCGAGGAGACAGCGUCAGUGGCCACCACCAGCCCCUCCGCGCACCACACCAGGACAAAACGAUGCUCCUGCGCGACGUUCCUGGACAAAGAGUGCGUCUACUUCUGUCAUCUCGACAUCAUAUGGAUCAACACCCCAGAACGCACCGUCUCGUACGGACUGGGAAGCGCUCCAAGAAAGAAGCGCUCGCUUGUGAAACCCUUCGUCCUCAAGCGUACUGAGCAGAAACCUCGCUGCAAGUGCGUGGAGAAGGAAGACCGCACCUGCGCGACGUUCUGUCAGCAGGAUAAUCCCGCGAGGUUGCGGGCAGCGAAACUUCCCACCCAGGGCAGCGACUGUGCCGCGUGGCAGUGCGUGUUCAACCUGCAAGCCAGCAAGAGGGAGAUUAAAAGGGUGGGAGACAGGAGCUCGAGAAGCAAGAGGCCCUCAGCACGGAGGAGCCCCCGGGGGGCGAAUCGCCGCCGCUGGGCUCGGGCGUGGGAGGACGAGAACGCAGCUUCCUAACGAGUCACAGUCGCCACCACACUGCUUCGCCAUGCAAGGGAAGAAGACCCUCUGUCCUUGGGCGCCCCCUGCUGGAGACCCCUUGUUAGAAUGUGGAGACUGGAGUCAUGGCCCCAAGAGUGGGAACGCAUCCCUACAGAAACCCCAGGAUAUGGCCCGCGCUGGGACACCCCUCAUUGGUCGGAUGUGAUGAGGGCAGCCGGGGCUGCACAGCUGGGCAGAGGCUCCUCUGAUCCAUUGCCUCUGGAUCACCGAGGCAGACUGCUGGCUCCAGACAUGGGAUGGAUUUACAGGACAAGGUGCACAAACACCUGCAUUCCGCUCACCGCAGCAGCCGGUAGCAAUUACCUGUCAAGCUCCACCCAUGAACGACAAGCCUACCUCUCCCAUGUCCGACUGUAACUUGGAGGUGUCCUUUGCUAUAGCCGCCAUUUUCCUUGGACUCUGUCUUCUAAUACAGCCUUUCCAGACAAUGGGGAAGAAGCAGUUACUGUAAAUGAGAGCUCCAAUGCAUGGUACAGGGUGACAAAAUGUGUAAUGUAAGAAAAACCAUCACCCCCCCCAGGCCAUGCAGGAGUUCUCUGUAUUCACACUGGGAAAGAACAGAUGAUUUCUGACAACGUGACAGGCCAAAGACUGCCUCCACUGGAAACGGACCAAAUCAAGCUGAGCAGCCAAUAAUUUAUCAGACACCUGUGGGGAUGUUGUCUGAGUUUGUUUGAGGUUUACCUUUUCAGCUGCAGAUACUCCACCAACUAUGUCCAUGACACAUCAUUCCAAUAUGGCUCAGAGGGGGUUUUUCCUAAUUUCAUCUCAGUUCUAUGUUGUCUUAAAUACAUACCUGUAUGUGUUUUCUAUACACAUUGUAUAAUGACUAAGAAGUGAGAUGCCAUAAUAAUUUAAUGCAGAUUCAUAUAUCCUUUAGCUUUGUUUAUCCAUGUUAAAUAUGCAUCUAUUUCUGGCCACAUUGGUCUGUGAGUUUUGCUGUGUCA